UGUCCCGCAGGAGGCGCCAACAGCCGCCAUUUUCCUCUGAGCGGAAGAAGGAAGAGCAGAGGGGAAACAUCCAACUCCGGUGGAAAAAAUCCAACAAAAACACAGAAUUCGUGCGAUGGACGUCCCGGGACCGGACAGCGACUGGAGGAGCCCCCAGUUCCGACAGAAGGUCGUCGCUCAGAUCGAGGACGCGAUGAGGAAGGCAGGAACCGCACACACCAAGUCCAGUAACGACAUGGAGAACCACGUCUUCGUUAAAGCCAAGUCCAGAGAGGAGUAUUUAUCUCUGGUGGCGAGGCUCAUCAUUCACUUCAGAGACAUCCACAAGAAGACCCACGGAGGUUCAGAUCCCAUGAAUACCCUGACUAACCUGACAGGGGUUGGAGGGGGCCCGGGCGCCAUCGGCAUGGGGCCUCGCCCCGCCGGUGCUCCAGUGGGUGGCAUGGGCCAUGGGCCGAUGCAGAUAGGCCAGCAUGCCAUGGCAGGGGUGGCUGGAAACCCACAAGCCAUAGGGGCCCAGAUGCCGAUGCAGCAGAUGGUGCAGGCGCAGCAGCAGCAGCAGCAGCAGCAGUCCAUCCAGUUCCAGCAGUUCCAGCAGGCCCAGCAGCAGCAGCAGAACGCCAUGCAGCAGCAGAGCGCCAUGCAGCAGCAGCAGAACGCCGCCAUCCAGCAGCAGUUUCAGGUGCAGCAGCAGCUGAGGGUGCAGCAGCUGCAGCAGCAACAGGCCCAGAACCAGCAGCAGCAGAACCAGAUGCACCAGACCAGGAUCCAGCAGCAGCAGCAGCAGCAGCAGAUGGUGCAGCUGCAGCUCCAGCAGCAGCACGCUCAGGCUCAGGCUCAGGCCCAGGCUCAAGCUCAGGCUCAAGCUCAGGCUCAGGCUCAGGCUCAAGCUCAGGCUCAAGCUCAGGCUCAGGCUCAAGCUCAGGCUCAGGCUCAGGCUCAAGCUCAGGCUCAAGCUCAGGCUCAGGCUCAGGCUCAGGCCCAGGCCCAGUCCAUUCAGCACAUGGUCCAGCAGCAGCAGCAGAUCCAGGUCCAGGGUCAGCCUCAGCCGGGUCAGAUGCCUCCUCACUCUCAGCAGCAGCAGCAGCAGCCCGGCAUGGUGCCUCAGUCCCUGGCUGGACAGAUGACGUCUGCUCAACACGUUCCCAUCAACUCUCUGAGUCAGCAGCAGCAGCAGCAGCAGCACCAGCUCAAGCUCCAGGCCUUCCAGCAGGCCCGUGCAGCCCUGCAGCAGCAGCAGGCCGCAGCGCAGCAAGCACAGCAGGCCGCAGCGCAGGCGCAGCUCAACGCAGCCGCCGCAGCCGCUGCCGCCGGAUCUGGACAGCUGGUUCGUCCUGGGAUGCCGAUUCCUAACCGGCUGCCUCGAGCCGUCAACCCCUCCAUCCCUCCUCCCAACACUGCCGCCGCUGCCGCCGCCGCCGCUGCUGCCGCCGCUGCCGCUGCGGCGGGCGGACAGCCACAGCAGGUACAGCAGCAUUCGAUGAUGUCAUCGCCCUCACCUGUGCAGGUCCAGACGCCGCAGCCGAUGCCUCCUCCCCCCCAGCCGUCGCCCCAGCCCCCGACCUCACAGCCCAACUCUGCCAGCUCUGGUCCCACGCCGUCUCCGGGGGGUUUCCAGCCCAGCCCCUCCCCUCAGCCCUCACACAGCCCCGCCACUGCCAGGACCCCCCAGAACUAUGGAGUCCCCUCUCCUGGACCACUCAACACUCCAGGUAACCCCAGCUCAGUGAUGAGUCCAGCCGGAGCCACAUCUCUGGAGGACCAGCAGUACAUGGAGAAACUCAAACAGCUCUCCAAAUACAUCGAACCUCUGCGCAGGAUGAUCAACAAGAUCGACAAGAACGAAGACAGAAAGAAGGACCUGAGUAAGAUGAAGAGUCUGUUGAACAUCCUGACUGAUCCAAACACCAGGUGUCCUCUGAGGACGCUGCAGAAAUGUGAAAUCGCUUUAGAGAAGCUGAAGAACGACAUGGCCGUGCCGACCCCCCCUCCCCCCCCUGUGCCCACCAAGCAGCAGUAUCUGUGUCAGCCGCUGCUCGACGCCGUCAUGGCCAACAUCCGCUCUCCGGUCUUCAACCACUCCCUGUACCGAACCUUUGCCCCCGCCAUGGCCGCCAUCCACGGACCGCCCAUCACGGGUCCAAACGUCUCAGGUCGGAAGAGGAAGCACGAGGAGGACGAGCGGCAGACCAUCCCCAACAUCCUGCAGGGAGAGGUGGCUCGCCUCGACGUCAAGUUCCUGGUUAACCUGGAUCCUUCGUUCUGCAGCAACAACGGCACCGUGCACCUCGUCUGCAAACUGGAUGAUAAAAACCUGCCCAGUGUUCCCCCACUGCAGCUCAGCGUUCCUGCUGAUUAUCCUGAGCAGAGUCCUUACUGGGCCGACGACGGAGAGCAGUACGGUGCGAACAGCUUCCUGCAGACGGUCCACAGGAACAUGACGUCUAAACUGCUGCAGCUGCCGGACAAACACUCUGUGACGGAGCUGCUCAACACCUGGGCUCAGAGCGUCCGCCAGGCCUGUCUGUCCGCAGCCUGAAGCCCCGCCCACCACCACCACCGCUCACCUGACAUCACCUGCUGCAGACACAGUAACCCCACCCUCCGACACUCACACUGUUUACAUGGACACUACGUUCGGAUCUGACCUCAGACCAGUUUCAUCUGUUGAAGUUCUGUAGAAACACUAAAGGACGGUUCUGGAUAAAACUGACUCACUCCGUAUGUGGCAGCUGUCAGACCUGGAUCAGACCUGGAUCAGACCUGGAUCAGAUCACAUGACUUCAGCCUGGUAAUAGCCCAACAGUCAUGGUGCGUUCAGGAGUUAAAAUGAGGGUGGACAAUAACAUUAGCAACAGAUCCCUCUCACAACAAACAGAACACCUUCAGAACAUCUAGAACCCUUUAAUCACCCAGAACCUCCUGUAGGACUGAAUGAACCCACUCGUUACUGGAAGAACCAUCUUAGAGAUCCUCAGAACCUCCUGAGAGACCUAAAGAACCCUCAUAACUCUUCUCCAUCAAAUGAGCUCAAAAUUAGAUUGAACUCAAGAACCCAGAUGAUCCCCUAGAACUUCCUGAAAAACCUAAAGAGCCCUCUCAUGACACACAGAACACAUUCAGGACCUCCUUAAUCCUCCAACAUCAGAACCUCUGGAUCCAGCUAAAGGACCUAAAGAACAAGAUCCACUACAACCUCCCUGUUCAACCCUACAGCCGCCUUAAGGAACCCUGACCUCAAAACCCCCAGCAAACCUGAAGAACCACUUUGAGGACUCGAUGAACGUCCAUAUCAAUCCUUAGAACCUCAGAGGACCCAGAACCCUCUGGGUCACCUCAAGGACUAAGGGAACCCUCCAGUCACUCCAAGAAUCAGACCUUCUCUCGUUCAUAUUUGACUGUGGAUGUGGGAAAUGAUCCAGCUGAGGUUAUGUAGUCUGAUCCCGACAUUAUUCCCAAUGCAUUCUGGGUAGUCAGCAGUGGUCGUUGAUCCCGUGGCCUCCGGACCUCGCUCCAUUCAGAGGUCCAUUAGUCAGAGAGCAGAUUUUAGGCAGAGCCACUGAACAUAAAGGGAACGGACCAACAUGUAAACAGCUCAGCUGUCAUUUAUCCUGACUUGUAUUCUGCUCCCUGAACGCAUCAUGAGUUAGUUUGUGUUUCUUCUUUAGUUGGAAUGAGUUUCUGUUUCAGUUUUGUACCACAACAGAGGACAACGAUGUGGAGGAAAAAAAAAGGUUUGAAAAUAUAAAUGUAUUUUUUUGCUAUUUUAAAUAAAAACUUUUCAGUUCA